AUUAUGAUAAGCAUCGAAGAGAAAGAAGAGAUUAUGUUAAGAUAUACGAUCAGAUAUUAAAAGAAAUAAAUGAUAAAAAUGUAAAGAUUGAAGAUUUGAAACAUGAUGAGGGUGCUAUUUCGAAAAAGAUUAUCAAUCAAUUAAAAGAUAAACCUUUGGCAAAAGAUUUGUUUGACGAAUUGCACAAAAAAUGUAAUGAAAAAUACACAGAAUUAAUCGCAAAUAACGCAGAAGAAUUAGCAAAAGAAUUAAAAAUACAAAUCAAUGAAGAGAAAAGCUCAAAAAAUCUUGAGAAUAUCAAGAAAAAUAUUGAUAAAUUAAAAGAAACUAAUGCUAAACUAGAUGUUGAAAAAUUAAAUGAUAAGAAAGAAAUCGAUAAAGAAAUUCAAAAAUUAAAACAAGAUGAUGCUGAAUAUCCAAACAAUCUCAUUACUGAACUGACAAAACAACGAAAUAUCAAGAAAGAAAAAGUCAUUAAAACAAAUAAAUACAACGAAUAUGAAGAAAUCAUCAAUACUCCAUUUGACCAUCCUCAAACUUUGAUAGACGCAUUAGAUUUGGAUAAGAUUAAACAACUUAAUAAUGAUAAAUUGUUAGAUAAUAAACAAAAAAUUAAUUUGGAAAAUUCAUACAGAAAAAAACUUACUAAAUUAAACACAAAGGUCGUUCAAGAAGAAAAAGAAAAAUAUAACAAGAUUGAAAAAAUGAUCAAAGAAUGUGAAGACCCUGUUGAUUGA